AAUUUUAAGUGCGUGUCUGAGUGUAAAAUUUAAUUUUACAGUGACAUUCAUUCAUAUUAUAUCAUUGAUGGUGAUUUCACCGGAAUUCUCAUAUCAUUCCAAAGAUGAUAAGAGUGCCUUCCUCAAAAGGCUGCUUGCGUGGCGCCACCACUCAUGUGACCAAACGUACCGCCCACUUUCCCCAGAACGUCUCAGCCGUCCAUCUCAUCAUCUUCUUCUCCAGAAGCUUAGAUUAACGCAUGCGGGUCUAAAAGUAACAAUAAACAAGCAUUAAUGCUCCGAUUCACAGUGACGGUGAUGGUGAUGCAAGCGCGUCUGCAAGUCAUGUACGCCACUUGGUCGACGCAGACCAGCGGUGCCAGUAACAGUAAACACACAGAAAUUAAACCAAAACCAUAAACUUUAUUUCGUUUUCAGCUCCCGAAAGCUCUCUUCAAUACAUUGCCUUCACGCCUCAUGAAAACUUCCAUAACAUAAAUUAAGAAAGCUACUCGCCGGCGGACACGACGACAUCCACAGAGGACCCCCGCCACCACCGCCGCCGCCGUGGUGAGCAUUCACGAUGGGCGGAUUGGACACCCUCACGGCAGAAGACAAAAACGUGACCAAAGCAACCCUAGCAAGAGGAGAAACGGAGGGCAAGGCGAUGGAGAGACAAGCGGAGAACGCCGGCGAAAUUUUAACCGGAGGAGAGGAGGUGUUGGAUUUAGUACAGAGCGACUCGACGGUAUCUAGGUUGCGCGCCCAGCCUCAAGUUCCCCCAAUCCAAGUCGUUUCACGUAACGCCGCCGCUCCUCCGCCCAUCACUCCUCCCCUGUUCCAGCCGGUGCAAACUCCUCCCUUUCAGCAGGCAUCAAUGGCCUCGCUGAACUCGAGGAAGUACACCAACCGCAUCACCCUCUUGAUCUUCCUCCUCCAUCUCGCUGCAGCCAUGGCGGCGGUCGGCUUCUUAAGUUUCAAGGCCGUACAGGGCGUGCUGGAACAGGGAACCGGCAAAUCAAGGAGGGAGCGUCGCGCGCUCAAAUUCUGGCUACCUCCCAUCGAGGGAGCCUCCUUGCUCGGCAUUAUCCUCGCCUUCGUGUGGCAGUGGUCGUUCCGAGCUUGGCCGGCAUUCAUGGUCAGAUUCGCCCUCUGGGCAUGUUUCCUCAUCACCAUGGCAAGCGGCAUCCUUUUGCUGUGCUUCUCCAUGCCGGACACCGAUGCCGGCGGCAUCUUUCUCCUCCUCUUCUCCAUUGGCACCGGCAUCUACGCUUGCUGGGUUCCCCGCCGCGCCUCCUUCUCCGGCCGCAUCUUCGCCAAAUCCCUCCAGCCCGUUCACAAAUUCCCUGGCGUCAACGGCCCUGCCUACCUCAUGAUGGGUCUCGGCUUCAUCUGGAUCUCGCUCUGGUGUUUUGCCGUCAUCGGCGCCCUCGAAUUCUAUUACCCGCCGCUCACAAUAUUCGCCCUCGUGCUCAGCCUGAUGUGGACGGCGGAGGUGAUGCGCAACGUUGCUAAUAUAACCGUCAGCCGCGUGAUCGCUCUCUACUACCUGAGGGGCAUGCAGUGCAACAUCCAGUUCUCCUUCCAGCGAGCGGCUUCAUUAAAUCUCGGCAGCGCAUGUCUCGGCUCCCUCUUCGUCCCCAGCAUCGAGGCCCUCCGCAUCAUCGCUCGCGGCCUCAACCUUCUCGAAGGCGAAGACGAGUUCCUCUUCUCCUGCGCCCAUUGCUGCCUCCGCGUCAUGGAAUCCAUUUUCCGCUACGGCAACAGCUGGGCUUUCGUCCACAUUGCGGCGUACGGCAAAGGGUUCGUGGCGGCAUCGCAGAGCACGUGGGAUCUUUUCAACAGGCAGGGAAUGGAGGAGCUGGUGGAUUCCGACAUAACAAGCUCCAUCUGUUUCCUAACGGGCGUAUCAAGCGGCGCUCUGUGCGUCAUUUUUUCGGCGCCGUGGACGUUCUCGACGCACCGGCGCUACACCAUGACAGUCUCACUUGUGGCCUUCUUCGUCGGUUAUCUCAUGACCAGGAUCGGCAUGGCGCUGCCCCAAGCAUGCGUGGCGUGCUUCUAUGUGUGCUACGCUGAGAAUCCCGGAAGCCAGCUCUUUGAAUCCAUAAUACCAGAACGCAUCGCACAGAUCCGCGCGACCAUUCGCGAAGGCCUCGUAUCCACGCCGCGCUUCGUCCCCCGUCGAGUUUCCACGGCAUGAGCUUUCCAGUGCUGCAAA